GGAAUUCCCUAGGGACAUGUCGGUCAAAAAUCCCUCCACCCGGGCCUUAACUGUAAGUUCAAGAUCGUAACCACAGAGGAUGGUCGAAUUUGGAAACACCGGUUUCGGUUCUGUGGAUUGAUUUGCCAUUCUAGAAAUAAUUUCAUGUUCAUCGGUUUUCACAAUCCCCGGCACUUGGAUACGAGUGGAUAUGAGUUGUAUCGUUCUUUUGGCGGGCAUUAAUAUCCAUUUUGGCGGUUGAGUAAAACCAAGGAGAAUUCAUCGAAUAAUAUCUGAGGCUGAAAUUUAUUACUAAACUGGAGACAUGGGUGACAAAGAUGGUGCGGAAACUUUCGACGACGCUGUUGAAGAGCGUGUGAUAAACGAAGAAUACAAAAUAUGGAAGAAAAAUACUCCUUUUUUGUACGAUCUCGUGAUGACCCAUGCUCUGGAAUGGCCAUCGCUAACAGCUCAAUGGUUGCCAGACGUAACUAGGCCGGAGGGCAAAGACUACUCAGUCCAUCGUCUCAUUCUGGGUACACAUACCUCUGAUGAGCAGAAUCAUCUCUUGAUUGCGAGUGUUCAACUGCCAAAUGAGGACGCCCAGUUUGAUGCCUCUCACUAUGAUAACGAGAAGGGAGAGUUUGGAGGGUUUGGAUCGGUCAGUGGAAAAAUUGAAAUCGAGAUAAAAAUUAAUCAUGAAGGAGAGGUGAACAGGGCUCGAUACAUGCCCCAGAAUCCUUGUGUCAUUGCUACUAAGACACCAUCAAGCGAUGUCCUCGUUUUUGAUUAUACCAAACAUCCUAGCAAGCCUGAUCCUAAUGGAGAGUGUCAUCCUGAUCUUAGAUUACGCGGCCAUCAAAAAGAAGGUUAUGGUCUCUCCUGGAACCCCAAUCUAAACGGAUAUCUUCUGAGUGCUUCCGACGAUCACACUAUUUGUUUGUGGGAUAUAAAUGCAACUCCGAAGGAAAAUCGUGUCAUUGAUGCUAAAACCAUUUUCACUGGACAUACUGCUGUCGUUGAAGAUGUUGCCUGGCAUUUGCUUCAUGAAUCACUAUUUGGCUCUGUUGCUGAUGAUCAGAAGCUCAUGAUAUGGGAUACUCGAUGCAACAAUACAAGCAAGCCCAGCCACACGGUGGAUGCCCAUACAGCUGAAGUUAACUGCCUGAGCUUCAAUCCUUACUCCGAAUUUAUUCUUGCAACUGGAAGCGCUGACAAGACUGUCGCUCUUUGGGACUUGCGAAAUUUGAAGCUGAAACUUCACUCGUUUGAAUCACACAAGGAUGAAAUCUUCCAGGUUCAAUGGUCACCGCAUAACGAGACAAUACUCGCCAGUAGUGGCACUGAUCGUCGUCUUCAUGUCUGGGAUCUCAGUAAGAUUGGUGAGGAGCAGUCUAGCGAGGAUGCUGAAGACGGCCCACCUGAACUUUUGUUCAUCCAUGGUGGACAUACAGCUAAGAUUAGCGACUUCUCUUGGAAUCCCAAUGAACCUUGGGUCAUUUGUUCAGUCUCUGAAGACAACAUAAUGCAGGUGUGGCAGAUGGCUGAGAAUAUCUACAACGAUGAGGAACCCGAUACACCAGCCAGUGAACUCGAGGCCGGUGCUUCAUAGAUGAAUGAAAGGAAUUCCUCUUGCUGUUAUUACCUUGUGUGACGUCUCAGCAAACUAUUGGUGAAAACGUAAAUCAAAUUCGUACUAACGAAACGAAGCAAAAUUUUUUUACAUGUCUCAUUCAAUUAUUGAAAAAUUGCCGAAGUAACUUUCAACAUUGAUGCAUUUUUUAACUUUAGAAGGAACAACCGUCUACAAAUUUUUGACAGUCAUAUGUGGUAAAAUUUAAACAUAAGCUCGGUUUAAUUACUACUAAUUGAAAUGAUUGAAAAUCCCACAAUGAUUUUUCUGUUCUUCAAUCUCACUUCCGUUUCAUUUUUCUUGUUUCAAGAAGAGAAAUUAAGAUGAUCGGAAUAUUUUUUCUACUUAGUAAAUAAGUUUUUCUGUAGUAAGAUAUGUAAUGAACAGAAUGGGAUGUUCCAAUUAAGGCCCGCAUGGACUAUCCAUUGAACAUAAUCUUUUGCUAAAAUGUGAUCUUGUUAGCCUAUAAUCCAUAAAAAUUUGGGAUCAAAUUUGUGUUGCGCGAAUCACUCCAAUGGUUGUAAAAAAAAAGUAAUAAAGGAGGAAAAAUUAUUGAAGAGCGCUAACCCGCGAUAUUGAUUGAAAGGGAUCUAUCAAGUUUACAAAAAAAAUAUAAACCAUUCCCAGCUUACCCUUACGUCUAGUUAUCACUCAAUCCGGCGAGGAGCAAUCAUAAGGUGUCUAUUUUUUAUCAUUCUUUUGUAAAUUCGAUAGAUCCCUUUCAAUCAGUAUCGCAAUUUAGUGCCCUUCAAUAAUUUUUCCUCUUUUCCCAUUAUCUUUCGAUUAGCUGCCGAGUAAUUCCCGCAACAUAAAUUCAAUCCGAAAUUUUAAUAUAUUUUAGGCUAACUAAAUAACAUUUAAGGCCCGGAUGGACUGUCUGGAAAAGAUAAUUUACUC